UUACGGUCUUUCAGGCAAACGACUAAUUUACCCCAAAAGAGGAGGAGUUCUUGAUAUCUACGACAUCAAUUUAAUACCUUACAUCAGUUAUCAUGAGGUUGUCAGCAGUUCUCGCUCUGGCCAUCGCGGCCCCGGCGCUUGCCAAGUCUGUUCACAAUGUCUACCCAGUGUUGAAGAGAGAAGACAGCAACAAGGACAGCAGUAAGGACAGCAAGGACAGCAAGGACGCCAACAACAAAAAUGAUAACAGCAAGAACAAUGGCAACAAUGGCCAGAACAUCAUCGUCCAAGCCCAGACCACCCAGAUCAUCAUCUUGUGGAACAACCCUGGAAACGGUGCUGCCACGACUACCAUCAACCAGGCCGUGACAGUCACACAGACUGUCACUGCUGGUGCUGCGGCUACUACCGUUGUUGGCAGUGCAACUGUUGCCCCUGGUGCAACCAGUGUUGUUGCUGGCACUGGAGCUACACACUCGGUUAUUGUUGGCGGUCCUGGCGGUCUCGCAUUCUCUCCUGCAGAGGUUAAGGCUGCUGUUGGUGACUCUGUCGUCUUUACUUUCAUGAGUAACAACCACACCGCAACGCAAUCUGCUUUCGCAGCUCCUUGUGACCCUCUCGCCGGUGGUAUGGACUCCGGCUUUGUGCCCAACGUCAACAACACCAUCAACCCCCCGCCUCAGGUUGCUAUGCAAGUCAUGGUUGCCACUCCUCUAUGGUUCUACUGCAAGCAGGCCAACCACUGUGGUGCGGGAAUGACCUUCUCAAUCAACCCCACUGCCGACAAGACCCAAGCUAUUUUCCAGGCGAUGGCUAUUGCCCAGAAGGGCAAAGGUAGUGGCAGUGCCAUCACCGGCGGUACCGCUGGCAACGGCACAGCUGCCGCUCCCGCUGCUGCUCCCGCUGCUGGUGCCUCGUCUGCAGUGGCCUCUGCUGCCCCCGCCGCUACCGGAAGCAUCCAGCAAGGCCUCGGCACGUUGCAGCCGGGUACCGGCCAGUGCGUCUGCGCUGUCUCUUGCGGCGCCGGUGCUUUCCCUGCUGCUCAGGCUCAAGGUGUUGGUGCAUUCAAUGGCUUCGCCGGCGCACUGCCCGCCGCCAUGGUCGAGGCAUAAAAAGGGGCGGCGCAAUUCCUGUAUAUCAGUGCAAUGACGAGAUGAUACCUUGGUAGUGGUUGGUUUUCAAACGCUGUAGAUUUCAAAGCUUUU